CGCGGGGCCAUGGGCGGCAGCGGCUGAGCCGGCCGGGAGCGGAGUGCGGGGCGGGGCGCGGCGCUGCCGCCGCUGGCGGGAGCGGCCGCGGGGCGGUGACUGGGUGCGGUAUUGCCCGGCCCGGUGAACGAACCGCGGGAGCGCGGCCCGGGGACUCGACGGUGGGCGUUUUUGGCGGCCGGCAUUUUUGGCGGCCCGAGCGCCGCGCCCUUCCCCUGCCCCAUGUCGGCGUGGCUUGGGCGAGCGGUGCUGCUGCUGGGGCGGCCGGGGGGCCCCGCCGUUGCCGUCGCUGGCCCCUCUUCCUGCCUGUGUUUGCUGCGUGGCCCGCCGCGCUGCUGCUGCCACCGCCGCCUGGGCAGCCUGCGAGGCGGCGCUGAGGGGCUACUCCUCCCGCGGGAGUCGUCGCCGCCCGGGCGGGCGCUGGGCACCCACCCUAAGGAGCCGAUGGAGGCGCUGAACACAGCGCAGGGCGCCCGCGACUUCAUCUAUAGCCUGCACUCCACCGAGCGGAGCUGCCUGCUGCGGGAGCUGCACCGCUUCGAGUCCAUCGCCAUCGCCCAAGACCCCAUAUCAGCUAGGGGAAGCUGUCAGCAAUAUGGGGAGACCUGGGCACAUCAAGAACCAAAUGGGGCCUGUACCUCAGCCCAUUCCCAGACCUACCACCAGAAGGAUGCAGUUCCAUCAACUAAUUGCCCUAGCGAGAAAUAUGACAGGACACACUAUCUGUGGCCUCCGCUAAUGGCAGAGGCUUCAGGGAAACCCAUCCUUUGCUGCUGCUGCUACGCUCAAGGAAGGUUCUCAGAGAAGUUGGAGGUUGCACCACCAUCUCCAGGACAACUGAGACAUGUGUUCUUCCACAAUGCGUUACCUUUUGUAGGGUUUGGAUUUUUGGAUAACGCAAUUAUGAUUGCUGCGGGAACCCAAAUAGAGUUGUCAAUUGGAGUUGUCCUAGGAAUUUCAACUAUGGCAGCUGCAGCUUUGGGAAACCUUGUGUCAGAUUUAGCUGGACUGGGUCUUGCAGGUUAUGUAGAAGCUUUAGCUUCACGGCUUGGUCUGUCAAUUCCUGAUCUGACACCCAAACAGGCUGAUAUGUGGCAAACACGCCUCAGUGCACACUUGGGUAAAGCUAUUGGAGUGACCAUUGGCUGCAUUUUAGGAAUGUUUCCUUUGUUGUUCUUUGGCGAUGAGGAAGAAAAACUGGAAGAAAAAAAUUAACCUUUUUACAAGACGUAUACAAAUGUAAACUACUGUACCUCAAUUAUUCAACUCCUCUGUCAAUAUCUAGGAAUUACCAGACAGUAAAAAAAAAGUAAUGUAUAGACUUGGGAACAAAACCUUCAGCAUGUCGUUUUAUGGAAACACUAAUUUAUUGUGGCUUUGCUGUGUUUGGUACUUCUUUUUAUAAGGUAUCAUCUAACUUUUUAUUUAAUUGUACAUUUUCAAAGUCUCUUCACUUAUGGCAACUGAUGUUUACCACUUUACCCUCUGACCUUAUUCUUUAAUGGGUUAUUACUUCAAUAAUCCACCAUGGAUGGCAGUAUCACUCAUGAGUUGCCUUAUUGGUUGCUUAAUAGUUGUAAUUGCAUGACAAAAAAUUCACUGCUGUACAUCAGGUCCUUCAAUGCAGAUUAUUAAUUUGAUUAAUUGAUUAAUUUUAAGUCCCUUACCUUGCAAGAUGACUGGGUGCCCCAUCACCAGCCACCAUUUUGCACUGCCUUGUAGAUAUUUCACUGAUCUAUGUCAGUCUAGUUUACAUUCUUUCACAGUGCUGUCUCUGAAUUGUCUUCUGAGAGUAUCAUUUUAAUGCUUUGACAAGGUAAGUGUUUCCAGUGUAGGCUCUUCACCAAGUCAGACUUUUAGUGGUGUUUUAACACCACUUGUAUUUCCAUAUUUAUGCCUUUGC